CGGACGCUUAAAAUAUUAGGCUACCCCACCGCCGCUUUAUAUAAAAAUACGUCAUACCCAAUAGGUGCUGAUUCUGAAAUUGGAUGAUGUCAAGAUUUGUCCCACUUCACGCUAUCCCACUCGCCAUCUAUACAUGGGCCUCCGCUUGCACAGCGCCCCCUACAUAGACUAUGUACAUGCACGCACAUCAACCCUACGCCAUAUCUGACCACUGCACACAUGCGACGUUAUGCAACAAACACCAUAGUCCCUAAAACCCUUGCUAUGGUACGCACUAAACCUUAAAGGUCUAAAUCGCAGUAAUUUAAACCGUGACAACUGUACAAGCAUUUGCUUCACACUAUUGUCAGUCUAACGCCAAACUGGACUAACUGUGCACGUCAAUCCGUUGAUCACACCCUGUAGUUAUUAAGGCCAUUUGACAUGACUUCCACUGAAGUGAAGCCUUUCACACAAAGCUGGCUGUUUCCCCUGUAAUCAUGCUUCUACUUCCUGCUUAUACUCAUAUUUCACAGCGGACAUGCUUGCUGUAAAUUGCCUGGUCUUAUUCACCAAAAUAUCACAUGCAUUUCGAUGAUCAAAACACUGCCUGUUAACAGCUCUAAUUUAUCUGGUAUUAACAGUCAGCGCGUAAUGGAAGUGAUGCUAAGUUCGUACGUUUUAGUAGUUGUGAAACCGAUCUGGCACGAAUUGCAUCAUUCAUCAAUAGCAUGACAAACAUCACAACUACAGAUGCUGAAGGGUAAAUGUUCACUGGACACAUAUUUAUAGGAGCCAUUGUGUCGGUCAGCAGUUUGCAGCGAUCUGGCAGUAUGCACAACAGUAGGUGAGUGCAAGUUGAAAUUGUUUCUAAAUUUAUGCUGCUAUGAAAACGUCUAGCACCCUUGUCACUUCAUUUGAAACCUCACAUAUCUCACCAUUAUCUGAUAGUGACUUGUAAACAUAUACGUUGUUUUGAUGAAGUCGGAUUCGUAUUAUCAAUUCUGGUAAAAUAUACAGUUUCUUGUGGCUAUGGCCAAUGUUUCGUCGCUUUUGAUGUUCAUCGUUAUGGCACAUAUACUGAACAAAAAAAAAGAAACUUCCAAGCGCUACUUACCCCACACAUACCCCUUCAGAACGAAGUGUGUUGCUAGUGGAUAAAUCUGUUUAGAUCUGGCCAUUUUAGUAUCCGCCCAUAUAACUACCUAGCACCACCUAAUAUAAAUAUAAUUCAUUUCUCCUAAUUUAACGUUUCUGUUCAGUGUACUUGUAAUCUUGUCGCUUUUGGUACAUGUAACCCAGUGAAUAUCAUUUCACAAUUAGCUUAUGUCAUGGUUCUUUGUCAUAUGCAUCUCCCCGUCAGUUUCCGUCAGCCGCCUUUUCAUACUGCAUCGAAACGCUACAUCUCUAGACAGUACUGAUGAGGAGAAUACCUCCUUUUUGUUUCAUGUAGCCAGAGAGUUGACAAGUAUAGACAUUCCAGCUACGUCAAGAAAAUGUACCAACUAUCUUCAUGAAAUCCUCUCUGAAACAAUUGCGCAUACUACAGCAUCUAACAGUACAUAAGUUUCAGAAAUCGUGUCAACAUGAUGCCCACAGUCUGGAUCCUUUGUAUCGCAAGCAUUUCAACCUUGGCGUCCACAAGCCUACAUUCUCCGCAAUCCUAUACCACUACUCCACCAUAUUGCUUAAACGGUGGAAAGUUAAAAGUGAACACGACACUGUGUCAAUGCAAUAGCGGAUUCACUGGAAAUCAUUGUGAAACAUGCAUCGGUGUCCAAUGUCAGAAUGCCGGUGAGUGUUCACAAGUUGCCCAGGGAAAGUUCCAGUGUUCCUGCUACUCACCAACAAGUGGAGACUCAUGUGAGAAAACCAACACAGGUUCAAUCUCAAACAACAUUGCCAGGAACAGGAAAGCGUUCCAUUGUAGAAGCGGGGAGGAUUCCACUAAUUAUGGCAACGAUACCAUCUGGACUGAUGAUAUCUGCUAUGACCUCCAUGUGAACAAUGUAAUCAUCAUCGACCUUGGUGGACACUAUCGAGUACAGAAAGUGUCUCUAAAGAAACAUGGUUACCAGGCUGUUAACCUGACCAUCCGUGUUGGCUUGCACCUUGCUGACCAGUGCUCCGUCAUGAGAGGAGUCAGCUGCAUGGCAUCUUAUGAAUACUGGCCAAACGGAACUGCGAAGGAUUUAGCUUGUGAGGGGAAUCAAAGUAAACCAGGACGCUACAUUGUGAUUGAGAACAAAGUCAAGCAGAAAUCCAUCUUCUGUGUCAUGAGCGUGGAAGGGAUCGCUGCAUCUGUUACAAAACGCACAGCCUUCUUCUCCAACGCAAACCCGUCCUCUUCUUCGGGAUUCCCAUCCUUCUACACCAAAAACACACAAAGCGAAAUUGAUUGCGCAAGAUCCUGUCUCCAAGAACCAAUAUGUCUGAACUUCCGGUGGACCGACCCAGUCUGCUCUCUCUAUGGCGGAGUUAUCCCGAAUCUAGAAUUUGGUAUCGGCGUUGGAAAACGGUUGCAAGAUUUCAAUCAGACUUGGCAGUAAACAUCAAUAUGAAACGUUUAUGCUGUGAAAUGAGAAGGAAUCACUAUGAAUAAGCCUACAGGUUUGAAAAGUGUUCAGUGUCUUAAAGGAGCUCCUCAGAGUAUAGAUCGUACCCUAGUUAUGUGAAUUGUGUGCAAUUAAAAUUGGAAUUGUCAUGUUUUCUCUUCUUCAGAGAACAUCGUGAAUUACGGACCGGUUAUUUGAUGAUCUGGGUAGGGUGGCCACGAGAUUAUAUUUUCCUAGUGUAUCGUUUAUACCCUGCCCAUAUUGUAUCAUCUGAGUUUCAUCAUUAAAAUAUGCAUUGGAAAUGACAUGUUUGUUGUCUUAGAAUACCUCUUUUCACUUCCACAAAAAUGUUUCAGCACAGAUUAAUAGUAUAUUAUUAUCAAUAUGGCCAAUAUUUUUACUUUUCUCAUAACAAACCAUCAAAAUCAUUAAUGAUAACAGAGCAUCUUAGAAUAAACAGUUUUACUUGUAGUUUAAAGGUGAGUAACUUCACACACAAGGUAUAUAUGAAGCACUUCACAAAGAACGUUGGGAAAAUUCUGCUUUGAUGUUAAACUACAGGAACAUGCCCCAUGUCUGUGUUUUCAAAUCUGCUUUAAUGACCUCGCUAAGUCCUACAGAGUUUUACCACAGGAUCGUCUCAACAGCAAAGCAGUGCUUCAACAUAAUAACAUUGAUAAUGUUCAUUAUCUGUAGUGACAUGCAUCCUAAAUGUGCUUUUUCCAGUAUGAAAUAUUUGUAGUUUAGUAAUUACAGUAUUUACCAACUUAUUGACAACAAGUCAUACAUAGACUAGCAUGGCACCAGUAUGUUCGUGGUGUCCCGAGCUACAACGUUUACAUCUUCAAAAUGUACUGCGUCUUUAAACAUUAUUCCCUAAGUUGUAAACAUCACCCAAAUUUGCCAGAAAAUGUUUCGCGUGUUUUGCUAAAAUUCAGAACCUGCAAUCAUAAUCUGUCCAUUGAAACUGGUAGGUGGAAACCUACACCAGUCAAUGAAAAAAUGCCCAGUUUGUACAUCAACUGAUUUAGGUGCUGAAUUCUAUUACUCGUUCAUCUGUCCAAUUUGGGAAAACACCUAGCGCACAAAUAUUUUUACACAAAAGCAAACUUCUUUGAAAUGAAUU